AUGUUCGAACACCCACGCGUCCCUGUCCAGCCCGCACACAUCCCCCAGCGUCCCCUGCGUGCCCGCGCUCCGGGCGACGCCACCAAAGUGCGGACGCUGCUGUGCGCCAAUCUCGUCGCUGCGCGCGUCGACUUGCUCCGCCGCGCAAGUGGUCCUAUUGUCGUGCCGGAUUGCGCGCGUUCGACGGAGGUUAAUAUGUGGUGGAUAGCGGGAGGGGGUGAACUUGGGACGGGGAGCGAGGUAGGUAUGUACGCGCUUCGUAUACCCCGCGCGCGUGCCGUCAUGGCAUCUUCUUCUCGUUGGGCGGAGCUUCAUUAA